UGUUAACUACUGAGCAACAACAGGAACUCCCAGAUUCAUUUUGAAGGGUGUGGAUUAAUUUUGAAAUUUGAGAAUAUGCAAUAAGUAGUAUAAUAAAGGAUCCGAAUAUUUCAAAUAUGUAUAUUUUAGUUUUAUGUGAGAACACUGAUAGUGUUUCUCAUUUAAAUGGUGACAUUUUGUACCUAAAUUACCCUAAUUGUAUUGGCAACCCAUGGAAUUUUUCUCAUUUACUUUUCCAACACUUGACAUAAUACUAGAUGCACAGUAGGUUUUUAGUGUUUGUUGAGUGAAUGCCCUGAGGGUUCUUGGAUGCAAGGAACCUCCAAAGUCUCUAUAAGCUGUUAAGUACUGAUAGCUUUACUACUCUAGAGUAGGAGAGUGUUCCCUGGGGUUCCCAUACUUACACUGACAUUCAUACCUGCACUGUCUUUGCAUGGAGGCUGGUUUUCCUCUGUGUUUCCAGAAUUAUGAUCCAGUAACAAGGAAAAAGACUAAUGUUGGGAGAGAAGAGAUGCCCCUUCCUCUAUCAUGGAUGAUGAUAAUAAAUUGUGGCAGUUCUUGUUUAACAUGAUUUCUUUUGGGAAAACAUAAAGCUGCUACUGAAGUAUAUAAUGAAGCAGCUAAACUUAACCAGAAAGACUGGGAGAUCUGUCAUAACCUGGGAGUUUGCUACAUUUAUCUGAAACAAUUUGACAAGGCACAGGACCAGUUGCACAAUGCCCUACAUCUUAACAGGCAUGAUCUCACUUACAUAAUGCUGGGCAAGAUCCACUUGCUGGAGGGAGACUUGGACAAGGCCAUCGAAAUCUACAAGAAAGCAGUAGAGUUCUCUCCAGAAAAUACAGAACUUCUUACAACUUUAGGAUUACUCUAUCUACAGCUUGGCAUUUACCAGAAGGCAUUUGAACAUCUUGGAAAUGCACUGACUUAUGACCCUACCAACUACAAGGCCAUCUUGGCAGCAGGCAGCAUGAUGCAGACCCAUGGGGACUUUGAGGUUGCCCUCACCAAAUACAGAGUUGUAGCUUGUGCUGUUCCAGAAAGUCCUCCCCUCUGGAAUAACAUCGGAAUGUGUUUCUUUGGCAAGAAGAAAUACGUGGCAGCUAUCAGCUGCCUGAAACGAGCCAACUACUUGGCACCCUUCGAUUGGAAGAUUCUGUAUAAUUUGGGCCUCGUACACUUGACUAUGCAGCAGUAUGCCUCAGCUUUCCAUUUCCUCAGUGCAGCCAUCAACUUCCAGCCAAAGAUGGGGGAGCUGUACAUGCUCUUGGCUGUGGCUCUGACCAACCUGGAGGAUCUAGAGAAUGCCAAGAGAGCCUAUGCAGAAGCAGUGCGCCUGGAUAAGUGUAACCCUUUAGUAAACCUCAACUAUGCUGUGCUGCUGUACAACCAGGGCGAGAAGAGGGGUGCCCUGGCCCAGUAUCAGGAGAUGGAGAAGAAAGUCAACCUACUCAAGGACAGUAGCUCUCUGGAGUUUGAUCCGGAGAUGGUGGAGAUGGCCCAGAAGCUGGGAGCUGCUCUUCAGGCUGGCGAGGCACUGGUAUGGACUAAACCAGUUAAAGAUCCCAAGUCAAAGCACCGGACUCCUUCUACCAGCAAAACCACCAGUGUCCAGCAGCCUCUGGGCUCUAAUCAGGCCCUAGGACAGGCAAUGUCUUCAGCAGCCACAUACAGGAAGCUCCCCUCAGGUGCCGGAGGAACACCCCAGCCCACAAAGCCACCAUCUCUUCCUCUGGAGCCAGAGCCCACUGUGGAAGCACAGCCAACUGGAGCAUCAGCACAAAUAAGAGAAAAACAGGUGUAGGAUGACCCCAGAGUUGGGAGUUUCUUUAGCGAGGAUGUACCAGGUUAGGUAGGGAAGGUCAGUGACACAGGCAGCGAGGAGGCUAGCAUGUUCCCCGGGGAACCACGAAUUAGAACCCAGAACGUGUUAUGACGACCAUGAGGAGCCUGCACAGCCCCCACUGCUCCGUCAGCCAGGAAGGGGAGAGAAGAAAGCCCAGACAGGUUUUUUAAGAAUUGAGAACAAGGCUUAUGGCUCUGUGUAUGUAGUUCCCAGAGCGAGCCCGGGCAUGGGAUAUUGUUUGCUUUGAAAAGGAUUUAAUCUCCUGGCUGACUGAUCCCUUCCUUAGUAGGAGGAAAGUGUGAGACAGACCUCUGCUCAGUAGUCCUGUCAUGACGAAGCCUUGGCUUAGCUGAGGUGACCCUAGGGCUGUGGGGUAUACCAGCCACCCAGGCAAAUACAAAUCUUGGAUUAAUAAUUCGGCUCCAAUAGUCUAAAUUUAAAAGAAAAAAAUGAUGAAAAAAAGCUCUUUUGAUUAAAGUCCAGCCUAUUGAGUGUCCCAGCUGCAUUCACUCAAGGAAUCCAAAACAAUAUCCCUAUGUCUCGUUCUUGAGCAGGUUCACAGUGCAGAGCCAGAUCAUGUCAGUAUGAUGAGAAGUAGAGACCAAGGGCUGACUGGGUGUCAGCACCAAAGAUUAAAAAAAAACCCAAAAACAAAACAGAACAAAAAAAACAAAACUUCUUAACUGAGUUAUUUUUAUUUAAGACAAUCUGUGAUACCACUGACCAGAUGCUACCAAUACAUUAUAUAUCCUUUUCAGAAUAAAGAUCAUGUGUCAUCCCCUUUGGGGAAAGUUGUUAUUCAGGUAUAAACAUAAGGGAUCACAAUAAAAGCUUUUUGAAAGAACC